UAUAGUAUACUGUAUACUUUUGUCCACAGCACAAUAAUGAGUUAAAAAAGGGUGAAAAUCAAAUCUGGUUGUAUACUAGUAUACUGAGUGAAAAAUUACCAUGAAUACGUUUUAAAAUUUUCAUUUGGUGAUAAAACUUCUUACUUACGGCAUAAUUGCACUCAGUUUAAUAUAAAGCAAAGACAAAUUUUCAUCGCAGUCGUAAGAUUUUUCUUGAAAAUCGACACUGGGUUCUAUUUUUUUUUUAUCUUUACACAGGUUUUGAAUUCUUUACAAAUUUUCCUAAUUUCAUUCAAAGAUAUUCGUUUUAUACCAGACUUGUAAUGUAGACAUCCAAGAUUUCAUUCCUGUGUGACUGUAUAUAUAUUUUCUCCUCGUAUUGCUUUGUUUCCCGUGGGGAUCAGGGUUAGAAUAGGUCCUCAGUACCCCUUACUUGUUGUAAGAGGCGACUAAAUGGGGCGGUCCUUCGGAUGAGACCGCAAAAACCGAGGUCCUGUGUCACAGCAGGUGUGGCAUGAUAAACAGCCCUCCCUGCUCAAAGGCCCUAAGCACCGAGCAUAAGCCUAAAUACUGAGGACCUAUUCUGGAUCCCUACGGGAUAAACACGGACGAGAUCAACAUGAUUGUAAUUUAACAGGCCUGUGCAAUGGAAUCCAAAUUUUUGGCACAGUAAACAUCUAUUAAAAUAUUAUUGAAAAUAUGAAUUGAAUUGACCUAGAUAUUAGUGAAAAUCUCCAAAUCACACCUGAAUGUGUAUUUGAAAUGCGCCAAAUCGCUGUGACGUCAUAAUGGGCACAGCACCAGUUUGGAAGAAGUGAACAAGUAUAGAUCAGCUGUUGAAUUUCGCCUUAGGCCAACGAUAAAAAUUGUUGAGUUUCCGCUAACGUUCCAGAAAAAAAUAGGGUAGGUAGGUAGGAAAUAAAUUUUUUUUUUUUUUUUAAUUUUAUUUUUUCAAAGUAUGCAAAAACAUUGUAAACUCUAACAAGUGUUGUAUAGGAAGGAGGAGAAAAUCUUUGGCUGGACCGGGAAUCGAACCCGGGACCCCUGCAUUACUAGGCAGGUGCUCUAACCACUGAGCUAUCCAGGCCGAUAUCCAGAAUUACUACAUUCCCCCCUCCUUAAGAUCAAUUAUAAUUGUCUUUCAAUAUCAACCCAGGUUCUUUUCGCCCCUGACAGGCCAACCUGCACCACCAGGGGUGGUCAACGGCACCAAAUGUAGUAUGGGAAGGAGAAAAUCUUUGGCUGGACCCCUGCAUUUCUAGUCAGGUGCUCUAACCACUGAGCUAUCCAGGCCGAUAUCCACGGUCCGUAUAGCCCUAAUUACUGCAAAAGUUAAAUGUUCUAUUGAAUUUUAUACUUUCAAAAUAAAAUUUUGCUUAAAUUGCAUUGCAAGUAAACUUUCAAUCAUAACAUUUCACCCGUUAUUGGAUGAGGAUUAUUUCCAGAUGUUUUAUGAGAAACUAUAUGUUUCAAUGAAACAUAUCUAGCAUAAAACACAAAAGUUAACUCCUCUAUGCCACUAUGCUCUACAAGUACCAGAUAUAUUGUUUCUACAUUUAAAGUGGUUGUCAUAGGAAUACUUCUAUUGGAUAUGUUUGACAGGAAAAUAAUGUGAUGGUUUUAAAAAAAAUAUAUUAAAUCACAGAGCUCCAGAUAAGGUGCGUAUCAGCGUAAAUCUCAUUAAAUUUUACCAAAUACGCAUUAAAGUUUAAAAGCAGGCGUACAAUUACGCAUUCGCGAAUGUAAAUACGCUUUACACUCGUAAAGUAAUGCAUAGAGGUAACUCAAUACACAACUGUAUAAGCCUAAUUGUUAUACUUCUUUCUUAAAUAAACAGGUAGGGUGCGAUCGAAAGCAGAUGAAAACUUAUAUCAUAAACGAUUGAUUGGUGGCACAGAAAAUGGUAUCGGACAAACGAUAUAUAUUUCUUUUGUUUAAACUUUCUAAGUUUUUACUGAAAUGUCGCUCCUGCAGCAUUGUCUCGCUAACUAUUUGAAAGUAUUUGCAAGAAUGGGAGUCACGCAUUUAUUUACCGACUUCCGUCACACAUGCACUCGUUUUACACAGAUGGAAUAAAACCAAUUCUUGGUUAACGGUACAAGGUAAGAGGAAUCCGACAGUAAUUUGCAGUGAAAACAAAGUGCAAAAAUAUAUAUGGGCAGUAUUAGGUUCGUCUGAAUUUUAAAAUUUGGUAUAGAAAGUCGCAAAAACUUUAGACUUUGAAACUGAUAUUGUUUGGUUUAAAAUGCUUUUAGUUUCUCGGUUAUAACAGUUUAAUUUAUAAUGUCUUCAUUGUCAUUUAGAUUUUGAAAUUUAUUGUUGAGGUAUUAAAUUUUAAUAUACCAGACACUCAGUCAUAUAAUAUCUGAUUAUAUUUAGACUAAGUGAUGAAAUUCUGUAUUAGUGGCAAACAGCAGAUAACCAGUAAAGUAACAGAAUACUCCAUUGACUUUUUCUGAAAAGCAAAAUACUCAUUGAUUUGAAAAUCAGGGGGUAAAUACUCUUUGUGGUAAAAAAUAUUAUCUGGAGCUCUGUCAUCACCAAAAUAUCAACAUCAUUAACAUAUUUUAAGUUUAUUAAUACAUUUCUGAAUGUAUUUUCACAAUCUAACUGGAUCAAGGGUAGGAAGACAGUCUGGGCAGAUCCCACUUAUCCUAAUGGAAUCCAACUCUCUUCCAGCUAAAACUUUUUACCGGACAUAAAUUUUUAUUUUAAAAACAAUCUGCACAUCUUUUUUUCCUCUCAGCUCUCAUCAGCCAUCAAGAACUCGGAUGCGCUCACUGCUUUAUUUGCGGCCUUUUUCAUAGUGUUUUCAGUUAGAACUGCAGCAGAAACCAAGGAUGUGCAUACAAAUUUGACAGACUGGACAUUCAUGUCUGUCACUCUGCAUCAUGACCUCCAUAUAAAUCUAGGGUCCCCGUGUAUACACAGUAAUGCCCGCUGAAACGAUAGCAUAAGACAGUGCAUGGCCAUAAAUAGUCACCGUCUAAAAACAACAUAGGAGUUGGCAAUUUUAACAAAAGAAAGUCUUCUAUGAAAACAUGACACUUGGCAGAGUCUCUCGACUGUCUAUUAACUUCAAUUGUUAAAUCACCGUUGCGUGAGCACGCAUGGAGGUACUAGCCACUGGGUCAACCAUCAUCCAUGCUGUUAGUUAGAAACAUUAUCAAUGUUGUUUAAACGCUUGACACAAUACCAUGCAAUUUUGUAUAUCAUUAAAGCGUUUGAAUGACUUCAUCUCAAUGUCUAAUAAAACGAAAACCAAGAACUGGGGAUAUAUUUUUUCCGGGAAAAUGACGAUUUUUUUUUUUUUUAAAUAUUGAAAAAAAAAUUGUAGGGUCGGGGCUAUAAUUUAGGGUCGGUCGGGUUAGCGGAAACACAACACAUUUUAUCAGUGGCCUUAUUUAUAUUAUUUAUUUGUGGUUUUAGUGUAUUUAUAUGUUAAUAGUUAUUUAGAUUUAGUCAUCGUGAACAGUUUGAAGUGGCAGUGUUUGUGAUCAGGAUUGUAUAAAUAUCCUGAUACUGAACCUUUCGAACAUGGCUGAAAAGUCGAGGGUCUUUCGCAUUGCAAUGCCGAGAAAAGGCGGGAGACGGUGUGUCGCUGGGGGUUGUUCUUCAAAGAAGACGUCAGAGAAUGGAAUUAGUUUACAUUCGUUUCCCGUGGAUAGACCAGCCAUUUUGCGCCAGUGGGUCAAAUUUGUGAAGGUGACACGCAAGAACUGGAGUGGGCCUUCCAAACAUUCAGUGUUGUGCUCUCUGCACUUCAACGAGGAAUGCUAUCCGACCAAAUUCAGAAUGAUGGAUUCAAUGGGAGUGAAAUACAAGAAGAGCUGGAGAAGGAGGCGGUACCCACCAUUCAACCUUUCACUCCAGUGUCGCCCUUGGAAGGUGAAAAGCGUCAGUCGGAUUCCCCUUUGAGCAGCACCCCAAAGCGACCAACACGCACAUUCCAAAACAGAGAAGUAGAUAGGAUUCUCAAGGAAAUAAAGCCAGCAACACACAGAGAAGAAUGUCCUCAGCAGACAAUGGAGGAACACUUACAAAGUGAUGCUACAGAGGAACCUACUCAAACAGCUGCUGUGUUUACUGAGAUGCCUAAGCGAAAAGGAAAGCGCAACUUUAGGGAAAAGAUGGUGAUGGACAGAAUGAGAAAAAGAGAGAAGAGACGACAGGACCGUCUAGAACAGGCAGAAUCUUUUGUCCUUUGUGGGGAUGUCUCAGCUUCUCUCGAUACCUCCUUUAAUGGCAUGCAAGAGACAUCUACAACUGAUGGAGAAAAAUGUCCCCUGAAAAGGUCAAGGUCAAAACGGGGUCGUGCAGCUGUCCAUGAUUUCGAGGAGGAACUAUAUUCACCUGUUAAGAAAUGGAAAAGAACAUCCAACAUACAGUCCUCAUCCGUACAUCCGUCGGAUUCUUCCUCUCAAAGUUACGAUCCAAUUCAUCAAGAGUCUCACAUGGAAAGUAAUCCCAUGGAUCCGUCGGAUCUCAUCGCGGUAAAGAGUGAGCCAACGGAUUCUUCAUACAUUAUCUACAUAGACAAUGCAGAGGAGCCGUCAGAAAUGACAGAAAUGGUGGCCUUGUCUCAGGAGAAUUCUGGGAUUGAUGUUCCUGAAGAUACAGACAAGAUUUCUGAUCCUGUCACAGAGAUAGAAAUUUCAGCCUUUACUCAGUCUUUACAAACACACAAGAUAUCUGAUACCUGUAACACACAGCUAGAAAAUUUCCCAUCUGAGAAGUAAGAGUAGAAAACCUGUGACAACAUCAAUCAUUGUGAACCAUUGAAAGUACAUGAACAAACUCACAAUGGAGAGAAAGAGAGGGAAUAUUCGUGUUUCAUCUGUAGUAAAACCUGUCCUACGCCCGGCUUCCUGAAGAGACACCUCAGGACUUACAAAGAGAAGGCACCGUCUCCCGCCCAAAGUACAUUCAAGUGGGACCACAUUUAGAGAUCAGAAAUCUGAACAACAGCUUGGCCAGUGCGAGCGAAGUGGACCAUGGGGCUCUUGUUUUUCUGUUUCUUAAGGAUUUUUGCUCUGAUCUGGACACAGUUCCCGAGUCUCAGCCGACAUGCAGUUCAACUGCUAGAUCUACUUCCAGUUGCUCUGAGGAGUCUACACCCAUUUCUAGCCCCAUUAUGGAGUCCACACAUAUUGACAACCCAGAUGGCGAGCCCGAGCCCAAUUGUAGCCACGAUUCCCACUCUACACCCCCUCAUAGCCAGGUCGCUGAGCACUCUACACCCUCGCAUAGCCAGGUUGCUGAGCACUCUACACCCCCGCAUAGCCAGGUUGCUGAGCACUCUACACCCCCGCAUAGCCAGGUUGCUGAGCACUCUACACCCCCGCAUAGCCAGAUUGCUGAGCACUCUACACCCCCUCAUAGCCAGGUUGCUGAGCACGAGUCGACCACUACCCGCUUUGCGACCUGCGAUGAGGAGAUUUUGCGUAAUCUAGAAAAUGCCAGACUAGAGGCUUCAACUGUUAAACAGACUACCUGGGCAGUGCAAAUCUUUAAAGGUAGCACAUGGAGACGUCACCACUGCUGGUGAAGGGCUAAAAAAUAUAGGCUUCUGCUCGGCACUUAUGGUCAUUGAGCAGGGAGGGAUCUUUAUUGUGAAACGGGACGUCAGUUUUUGUGGUCCCGUCUGAAGGACCACCCCAUUUAGUCACCUCUUAGAACAAGCAAGGGGUACUGAGAACUUAUUCUAACCUCGAUCCCCAUGGGAUCAUUUAGAAGUGAAAGUUACGGGAUUUCAGGAUAAGACCUUGAGGUCUCAUGCUGUGGUAGGCGUUGAAAUUUGACAUGAUAAAAAGCCCUCAUGUUACGUCCUGCGACUCUGAGUGCAGGUCUAAGUUCCGAACCUUCACCUACAAAUGAUGAAUGUCGGAAUUAAGGAAGCUCCACCCUCAUGGGACUUAUCAAAAUUAAUGAUUCAAAACUGGCUUUCUCAGAGAGAAAAGAGUUCUGAUUUUGAGGAGUUGCCCGAUGUUAAACUGGCUUCAGAAUUAAGACGUUUCUAUGCAGAGGUGAGAACCAAAACUGGGUUGAUUUCUCUACGGGCCGGAAUCAACAGGUACCUGACGGGUCCACCUUUCUCCAGAGCAAUAAGCGUGAUGAAGGACGCAUAAUUCAUGCUGGGGUCGGAGCAUUGGACAUUAUGGCGGUUACGGGGUACCGUCACAAACAAAGUUUCCGGAGCUGUGUGAAUAGACCCUCAAUUUCUCAAUGAUGGAAUGGAGUGACAAUAGUGGCGGAGACUAAUGAGUUUCAGGUUGUCUCAGGAGGCAGUAUCACUGUCUCCACCCGCAGUGUCAGAUUAUCACCAUGACAGUGUCAUAUUACCACCGCGACAGUGUCAGAUUAUCACCGCCACAGUGUCAGAUUAUCAACGCCACAGUGUCAGAUUAUUACCGCUACAGUGUCAGAUUAUCACUGCCACAGUGUCAGAUUAUCACCACCACAGUGUCAGAUUAUCACCACGACAGUGUCAGAUUAUCACCGUCAAAGUGUCAGAUUAUCACCACCGCAGUGUCAGAUUAUCACUGCCACAGUGUCAGAUUAUCACUGCCACAGUGUCAGAUUAUCACCGCGACAGUGUCAGAUUAUCACCGCCACAGUGUCAGAUUAUUACCGCCACAGUGUCAGAUUAUCACCACGACAGUGUCAGAUUAUCACCGCCACAGUGUCAGAUUAUCACCGCCAGUGUCACUGUCACCGCCGCUGUGUCAGAUUCUCAUUGCCGCAGUGUCAGAUUAUCACCUAUGCAGCAUCACAUUAUCAUGAGCUUGCCACAGUGUCAGAUUAUCACCACAUCAUGCAAGAGAUAAUCUUGAUCGAUAUUUGAUGUGUCCCGAGGCUACAUUUUCUGUGGGUGUACUUUUCCGGCAUGCUAGUUGACCUAGAAGACUUUGUUGUACUACAUCUAUUAGAUUACAAUUUUGGUUCGACAUUUGCUAGUCAAAGUUAUUAACUUACUCGUAGUUCAAUAAAAUAUGAAAUUCU